AUGACGGAAAUCAUCACCAAUGGACCUGUACAAGCUACAUUUGUCGUUCAUGAGGAUUUCUUCAUGUAUUCUGGAGGAGUGUACAGGCAUACAGAAUUGGCAGGUGAAAAAGGAGAUCGAUUCACUGGAGAAGGAUAUCAUUCGGUUCGACUUCUCGGAUGGGGUGUUGAUCACUCAACUGGGCGAGAUAUCCCGUAUUGGCUAGCGGCCAACUCUUGGGGAAAACAAUGGGGUGAAAAUGGAUUGUUUAGAAUCCUGCGAGGAGACAAUCACUGCGAAAUUGAGAGCUUUGUCAUAGGAGCAUGGGGCAAAGGCGCUAAGCGACGACGGCGUUUCAAG